AUGUUGCAGGUGAAGCAUUCCCUAAAGUCUACAUCUACCUGGGUGUCGGUAGAUCGCACAGGUACAGUGCAAACUGCAUAUUGCAAUUGUGUGGCCGGAUUUGGUGAAGUGUGUUCUCAUGUAGGCUCUGUGCUUUUUGCUCUCGGGUGCUGGUCUAAAAUUCGCGUAGGAAAAAUAACCGCAUCUACAUUUAAAUCAACCACAAGAACACCGAUUGAUAAUCCUUCAAUGCGCCUAAUUAGAAAAAAUUGCUAUCCCAAAGAUCAUCGUUAUUCAACACGAGAUAUGGAUGUACCCAUGAGAAGGAUGCAUUAA